UGAAACGAAACUAUUCUAUUCUCUCCUUCUCUCUGUCUCUACUCACCACUUGAUGAGAACCCCUCCCCCUCUAAAUCAGCCAUAGUCCUUACACCACAGGCAUCCCUUUCUAUAGCUUUUUAGCCACCGCCCUACUACAUGCGCACGUACGCGCAACACUAGAUCUCACCCCAACUUCCCUUCCCUCCCUUCCCUCUAACCGCAACCCAACCCCCAACUCGUACGGUCACAAAAGCACUCACCUUUCUCUGUCAAAUUAGCAUAACCCCUAUUCUUCUUCUUCUUCUUCUUCAAAGUUCAAACCUUUAUGUACUGGGAAGCAAUGUCUCUCAAACCCUAGACAAACCCAGAAGAAAAGUUCAAUACUUUUUUGUGUAUAUUGGGACUGAUUUUGAAGGCUAAAUUCAUCCAGGCUGUGGCUCCAUUUUCAGGUUCUAAUUGCUUGGUUUCCCAAUCUUGAAAAUUCCACCUUGCAUGUGUUUUCUGCUCUCAAUUUCUAUGCUUUUAUGUAUGUUCAAUCACAAGAAAGUAGGAAACCCAUGUUGAAAUUUUCCCCCAAAUUGUUGCAUUUUUCUAGGGUUUCAGUAGCUACUGGAUUGAGUACCAAUGUGCAAUUAGCUUGAAUCUUGUAAAUGGGUGACGUUAAGAUACCAAAUUGGCUUAAAGGGUUGCCAUUGGCGCCCGAGUUUCAUCCAACGCAUACCGAAUUUGCUGACCCAAUUGCUUAUAUAUCGAAAAUUGAGAAGGAAGCUAGUGAAUUUGGUAUUUGCAAGAUUAUCCCACCAUUGCCGAAACCUUCCAAGAGAUAUGUUUUUAGUAACUUGAAUAAGUCACUUGCUAAGCGGCCCGAAUUGGGUUCUGAUUUGAUCCCUGGGAAUGAUGGUGAUGCUGUGAAAGUGGGUUCUGGGGAUGGUAGUAAUGAUGGGGAGGUUAGGGCAGUGUUUACCACUAGGCACCAAGAACUGGGGCAGACUGUGAAAAGAGCAAAAGGGGCGGGUGUUCAGGAACCGCCGCCAUCGGGUGUUGAUAAGCAAGUGUGGCAAAGUGGGGAGGUUUAUACUUUAGAGCAGUUUGAGUCUAAGUCCAGAGCUUUUGCAAGGAGCAUUUUAGGUACAAUUAGAGAUGUAUCUCCAUUGAUUGUAGAGGAAAUGUUUUGGAAGGCAGCUUCUGAGAAGCCGAUAUAUAUUGAGUAUGCCAAUGAUGUGCCUGGGUCUGCUUUUGAAGAACCGGAGGGUCUGUUGUGCUAUUCACGUAGGCGGAGGAGGAAGAGGAAUUCCUACCACAGAAGUGGACCAAACUCUGACAGCAAGAAAAGUGAAAUGAUUAGCAGUUGUGAAAGAAACUCCCAAAAUGGUGAAGUUGAGGAUGCUUCCCCUAAAAAUGUUUCACUUACAUCCGUGGAGGUACCCAAAUCAUCUGCUUCACCGGGAAUAGUGUCAACAGAUGAAACUUCUCAAUCUUCUAGGAAAAAAAGUCAAAAUUCUUCUUGUGACGUGGAAGGUACUGCUGGUUGGAAGCUUUCAAACAGUCCAUGGAACUUACAAGUCAUUGCACGCUCACCUGGGUCACUUACUCGUUUCAUGCCGGAUGAUAUCCCUGGUGUUACUUCUCCUAUGGUUUACAUCGGCAUGUUGUUCAGCUGGUUUGCUUGGCACGUUGAAGAUCAUGAGCUUCACAGCAUGAAUUUUCUGCACAAUGGAUCUGCAAAGACUUGGUAUUCUGUUCCUGGAGAUUAUGCAUUUGCUUUUGAGGAACUUAUUCGCACUGAGGCAUAUGGUGGUACUGCUGACCGUCUAGCUGCUCUCUCACUAUUGGGUAAUAAAACAACUUUAAUGUCACCUGAGGUAGUUAUCGCAUCGGGAAUUCCGUGUUGCAGGUUAAUACAGAAUCCUGGUGAAUUUGUUGUGACUUUUCCAAGGGCUUACCAUGUAGGAUUCAGUCACGGUUUCAAUUGUGGAGAAGCUGCUAACUUUGGAACACCACAAUGGCUUAAAGUGGCUAAAGAAGCUGCAGUACGUAGAGCUGCUAUGAAUUAUCUUCCUAUGCUCUCCCAUCAACAGCUGCUAUACCUCUCGACUAUGUCUUUUGUUUCAAGAGUGCCGAAGUCCCUACUACCAGGUGUGCGGAGUUCCCGUAUGAGAGAUAGGCAAAAGGAAGACAGAGAGCUAUCAGUAAAGAAGGCUUUUAUUGAAGAUAUUUUAAAUGAGAACGAUGUGUUAUCUGCUCUUCUUGGGAAAGAAUCAAGUUUCCGUGCAGUAUUAUGGAAUCCUGAUUUACUUCCAAAUGCAAGUAAAGAGUCUUCCAUACCCACUGCAAGUGCUCCUGUUGAUACGAAUUCAAAAGAAAAUGCUACGGAUACUCAGGGUGGAAAUAGUACUAAUGAUCAGAACUUUCUGGUAGAUGAGAUGAGUUUGUACAUGGAAAAUCUUAACGAUUUAUAUUUGGGCAGCGAUGAUUUGUCUGAUGACUUCCAAGUUGACUCGGGAACGUUGGCAUGUGUGGCAUGUGGGAUACUUGGGUUUCCAUUUAUGUCUGUGGUGCAACCAUCUGAGAAAGCAUCAAUGGAACUUCAGCCUGAAUGUAUCUUGGCUCAAGAAUUGCCUGGAGUUUCAGGCAAUUCUCAUAUCUCUCCAGAGCAUUGCGAAUCUUUCAAAGGCUGUGCUACAGAGGAUCUCUCGCCUAUUUCCAAUGCUUUUCCACAUGCAAAGGAUCCCGUCUUACCUUGCACAACAAGGUUUAACAACUGUUGGAAUACUGUUGAUAAAUUUCUGAGACCACGGAGUUUCUGUCUUGAACAUGCUGUUGAAACUUUGGAGCUGUUGCAGUGUAAAGGUGGAGCAAACAUGCUUGUGAUUUGCCAUUCUGACUAUCAGAAAAUAAAGGCUCCUGCUGCAGCCAUUGCAGAAGAAAUUGGUUGCCCUUUUAACUAUAACGAGGUUCCAUUGGACAUUGCCUCAAAUGAAGAUUUGAACUUGAUAGAUCUUGCUGUCGAUGAUGGACGUGAUGAAUGUGGAGAAGAUUGGACCUCAAAGUUGGGUAUCAACCUACGGUACUGUGUCAAGGUCAGAAAAAGUUCUUCCUCGAAGCGAGUCCAGCAUGCAUUGGCAUUGGGUGAAGUGUUCUCUAAACAAAGUCGCAGCUCAGAAUUUCUGGCCGUUAACUGGAAAUCUAGAAGAUCUCGGACGAAGAAGGUUUAUCUAGAUGCCCCUUACAAACAAUGUGACAGCAUUGACAAAAAGAAGGAAGAAGUGGUGGAGACAAAGUCAGCAGAUGCCACCUCUUUUAAAAGGGAAGCAAAAAUAAUUCAAUAUUCAAGAAGGAAUAAGCGAAAACCAAGUACUUCUACAGGGGCAGGUAGGGUUGUUGAGCACCCUGCUACUUCUGAAGAGCUUGAUAAACAUAGCAGGAGGGCAUCAGAUAAUAGCAUUUACAACAAUGGGAAGUCCACCAGCAUAUGUGCAAGGUUGGACUCAUUUACAGCAGAUGGUACUGAAAUGCAUCCUGAUGUCCAGAUGCUUGAAGCCACCAGGGAUAUCUGUUUGGACUCUACUCUUUCACAAGUUGCGGAUACAGUUGCCUUGACAGCUGGAAGUGCUGACGCACAGAUUGAAAAUCGCAGUUUGGAAGGGAGGAACAUGAACGGUGGAGGUUGUAAUCUAGCAGCAAGCGAGUCAGAUAUGCAAGAUGAGAUCAAGAUCCUUAAAGAAGCCAGGCAGAACAACUCAAUUAUUCCACUUGUCAUUGCACGUGAUGAAAGGUCUGAAAAGCAUAGAGGGGAACAGGAAAACGAAAAAUUGAACAAAAACGAUGACAAUUGUAAUCUGGUGUCUGAAGGCCAGUCCCAACUUUGGUCUCAGGAGGAUGUUCUUAUGAAUGUGGUUUCUGUUUUCACCAAAUCAACAAACUUAUCUGCUGCUGACUCAAUUGUGACAAGUUCCGAGGAACAGAUCGUCAAUGCAGUCAUUGAGAAAUCUUGUGUGAAUAGUGAAGUUUGUGAAUCUAUGACUUUGGGUGAUGAAGUGCAGCAAGAAAUCCAAACUACUAACAGAAGUAACGACAAGGCACCAGUUUCAUGUAGUUCCACGCUGUUGAAUGAUCCAACCUUUGCUGCAGCUGAAUGUCGUGUUGAAUUUGAAGGAGAGACUCAUAUUGUAGAAGAAUUUAGCAAUGUUGUUUCUUCAGAAUUCAAACCAGAAGAAGAUAUUGAGAUUCCAAAAGGAAGAUAUGAGGAACCCAGUUUAAGUCCUACCAGACGAGUCGGUCAACACUCUCCUGCUUCUACAGACAGAUUGUCUGGAGUUGCAAAGGCGUUCUGUGCUGCAGCAGAUUUUCAGCCAGGCCCAACUUCACAUAGUGAAGAAUUUCAGGCUGCAGAUAGAACUAGUGAGGGGGAAUACAUCUCUUCUUCAAUGAUAAAGAUGGAAGAAACUCAUCCCUUGUCAUUGGAAGAAUCUUCUGAAGUUCCAAGAGGAAACUCUUUGGAGGAAGGCACGAGCAAUGGUGUGACUUCAGCCACUCUAGUUCAGCAAGAUGCCCAAACUAAAAAUGUAGCUGUGGAGGCACCUGGUCAUAAUUUUGUUGUACGAGAAGAAAAUCAGCCUAUACCUGUCUCGGUUGAAGAUGAAGUUCCCAGAGUGAGCUGUGCAACAGAUGUGACCUUGGAUGAUAAAGAACGGUGGACAAACUCGGACAGUAAUAAGGAACUCAUUGCUAGUCAUGAUACUUCAAAAUGCGAGCCGUCUCGUGUUACAAUUAAAACAUACUUUAGAGUUAGAAGAGGGAGCCGUGCUGAAGUUUGUAUAUCACAACAUGAUAGAGAGCUGGGAAACAUUGAGCCUUCCAUUUUAGACCCCAGACCAAGUCCUGAAAUUGGAAGUAAAAGAAAGAGAGGAGUGGGGCAGAAAAUGGAUGACAACUCCAACUUCAAUGGAUAUAUUAGGGGGCCAUGUGAAGGUCUGAGACCAAGGGCUGGGAAGGAUGCAACAGUUAGUGGGAUAGACAUCCACAACCAGGUCGAAGAGAAGCCAGUGGCAAAGAAGGUGAAGAGACCUUCAGAUGUUCCCGUUCCUCCCAAGGAUAAGAAGAAAGAGCAAGUAAGGAAGCCCCACAGCUGCAACCUAGGGGGCUGUAGCAUGAGUUUUCAGACAAAGGAGGAGUUAAUGGUGCACAAGCGUAACCGCUGCCCACAUGAAGGGUGUGGUAAGAAGUUCAGUUGCCACAAGUAUGCAAUGGUUCACAGCCGUGUGCAUGAUAGUGCUAGGCCCUUCAAGUGCCCGUGGAAGGGUUGCUCCAUGUCAUUCAAGUGGGCAUGGGCCCAGACUGAGCAUAUACGAGUGCACACUGGAGAAAAACCAUACAAGUGCAAGGUGGACGGCUGUGGCCUCUCUUUCAGGUUUGUAUCAGAUUUUAGCCGUCACAGACGGAAAACAGGGCAUUAUGUGAGCUAACGUUUGUAUGACAUUAUUUAUUUUUGAUUAGGCUACUUGUUGUAACAUAUGGGUAUAAGCAAAAGGGGUUUAUGGGGCCAAAGAGGCCUACAUGA